AUGCUACCUCGGACUCAGGUCUGGGAGGGAGGAACCUGCGGGCAGCGGAGCUCCCCGCUGCCCUUGGCGGGAGAGGGGGCGAGUUCGGGAGGUGCUGUUGGAGCGGCCCCCGGGGCGAGGGAGUGCGGAGGGAAUGAAGUUUCAUACAAGAAGACCAGAGCCUUCAUUCAGAAGAAACUGGGCCAAACAUAUCUGGUAUGCACAGCCAGAAACUUCUUCCCCCGUGACAUUAAGGUGAGCUGGGUCAGAAACGGGGAAGUCGCCGACCAUGGAUCAGACACAACCGACAUCGUCCCUCAAAUCGACGGGACCUUUCAAGUCAGGAGCGUCCAUCCACUGAAUGGAGACAGCAGGGCGUACGCCUGUCAGGUGGAACACGAGGCCAUCGGCGAGAAGCUCCUGAUACCUCUAGAACACAAUGUGCCAGUUGCGAAUGAAGCUUUGAUCAUUAUUGGAGCUGUUCUGGGAAUACUAGGAAUCUGCGCAAUGGUUGUGACUGCAAUACUGUAUUUCUGCCUCUUAAAAGGUUCCACAAAGCUGGGCCUUCACCCAACAGUGAAGUUCAACAACCAGGCAGGACUGUGUCGAAUGAGCACGUGCACUGCUAGUGUGCGGUCCACUGAGUCGAACACCUCCAAUUCCAGUGACAGUUCAGCUGAUGGAUUGACUAAAUCUUCCACAUAAGAAUGCAAAGUUGGACUCGGGCAACUUGGGAAUGUUUGACGUGUUUCAUUUCCAUAAAACCUCAAAAACUUGCUGUUUUUAAACUGAUCUAAAAGGAAUAUUUUUCCUCAUUUUAUCACUUUGAGUUGUUUGGAUAUUCUUCCACUGCGAUUGAGAUCAGUAAAAAAUAUUGUGUUGUAAAAUAACUAUUUCUGAGAAAAUCAUUGAGAUUAGUUUAUUUGAUCAAUGGAAUGAAAGAUUAGAUCAAUGAAGAAAUGAAUGAAAGCUUUCCUAGUAUGAAUCUCUCACCUUAUAAUCAAUGUAAACUAUGGUAUUUGUUCUUAAAUUUAAAUAAAUUAAAUAAUGAGCUAAAA